AUGGUUAUCUUCAUGCGUGAAUUGUAUGUUAGGGAUGGCGUAGUCACUUGCGUAGUGUUUUCUUUGUUACUACAGGUGCUGACUGCAUCAUCACUUGCAAGUGGUGAAAUACAGGUAAAGGUAUACAACAUGUUAUACAGUGGCAAGAUUUCAGCAAAGGUAUAUGAUCCUAUUACUGCAGGCUUCAACGCAUCUCUUACCAACGGAAAGUCGCCUUCAGGUGGUAAAGUGACAGUCAUAUAUGUUCCACCUAAGAAUGAUUCAGAUUAUGUUGAACAUCUGGAGAAAAACAUGUCAUUUGGCAAUAACAACGAAAUAUCUGUUGUGCUGGGACCUGUGGGUGACAAAAACACUCUCAACUUAACCGAAUAUUUCAAAGAAAAAAAGGUGAUUGGUUUCUCACCCUUCACAGGAUCCAGUAAGGUACGCAGUUGGAAUCCUAAUCUGUACUUCCUGACGGCAUCACCCGCUGCUGAGAUGCUUGCUCUUCUCCGUUAUGCUAUCACUCAGUUACGGUUACAUCGACUGGGUUUCAUGUACUUGAAAAAUGUUUCUUAUGGUGAUGAUGAAUAUGAACUUGCUGUGGAAUUGACAACAAGGAUGGAUCGCAAACUGUGUGGUGUUUUUGCAUUGAAUAGUCAACUUCGUGAGGAAUCGGAUGUUAGUACCUUCACUGCGGAAUGGGAUAGGUUUGCCGAUACUCGACCCCAGGGUGUGAUUGUAUUUGGCUCUCCAAUCCCUGAUACGAAGAGAUUCCUGGUGAAAUCAUUAGAAGAUGAAAGGACAAAAAAUGGAUAUUUGCUCAUACCCUCUACACUCCAAUAUGUGAUCGACAACAAGUGGUCAGAAGAAUUGAAUAGGAGCAAAUUUCCAGCCGAUAAGACAAUAAUAACAGGGACUAAUCCACUUGCGAAGGAUGAUGGCUAUGAUGCAAUUAAACGUUUUAACAGAGAAAUGGCUAAGUUCCUGGAGGACAACAAAAAUAAUUUUUCGCAUGACAAAUGGAAUGUUACCCUAGAUGUUAACGAAAAUAACUUCACCGAGCAAGACACUGAUGCUGAGCUGAUGGUGAGUGGAUGGAUUGCUGGAGAGGUAUUGAAGCAAGCAGUGAGCUGUCGCGAAUGGCUAACUAACAGGGAUGUAUUUAUGAAAUCACUUUACAAUCAGCGUCGUUAUGUAAUUGAUGAUCUUGUGGUUGGUGACUUUGGUGGUGAGUGCCAAGGCAUGGCGGGUGAGCGAGGUGCAUCAUGUUUAUGUAACCAAGGUGGGAAUGUGGUGUACAUGAAGAAGAUAGGAAAGGAUCAUCGGCUACAUCCCAUGAAGGAAGGUGCAUUAACUCUUACUUCAUCUCGCUGUUAUCGAGACCUGUCACAGCUGUACGCCCCAUUGAGUGGCAUCGUGUUUAAUAUAACUGACAACCCUAAGGUGCUGCGGACUGCAGAGGCAAUAUACGAUGGUGCCUCUUAUGUUGUUGGAAAGGGUCAACUGGGUCACUCUGAUAGAUUCUUUUUGCACUGGCUAUCCUCGGAAUCUCAUGAUACUUCUACAACUCUGUAUGAUGAAGUGAAGGAGCGAGUUGUAACUGCUGUGUUUGGUGUUGUGGAUGAUUCGUUACUGCGGACGAAGGGUAUGACAUUCAUCGAUCCUAUAAUACUCACACCACAGCUGAGUGACCCCAGAAGGAAUGUGAUUCACCUGUCACCAACACUUGAGCAGCAACUAUUCGUGAUAGCUGAGCAUAUCAUACAAAAUGGUACAGGAAAGAUGCACGCCAUUGUGCGUGGUGGUGAUGCGAAAGGCAUUGGCGAUAUGCUGAACAAAACCCUUGACUACUUUUUCGGUUCACUAAGCUCUCUUUCUGCGAUUGGUGAGGGUUCUAUUUUGAGAGACAAGCUACCGACUGCAGGUGAGGUGUUAGUUGCAGGUCUCACCUCAGAUGAUAUUCCAAUAAUCCUCUCUCACCUUGGCAAACACCAUAAGGUGCGUAUCUUUGUCCCGUUCUUUGAUGUUGCGUUACUCUAUGAUGAACUUGUGAAUGCCUUCCGUGACAAGCCAUUUGCUGACCGUCUGCUAUUCGCGACGAAUCUGCCGCAUUGGAGGGAUAAGAACACGGGAUCCGAUAUGGUACGUGAGUUCCACAAUGUUGUACAGAAUGAGUCGAAGUGGAAGCCAUUGUCAUUACUUGGAUAUGCCACUGCACGUGCAAUGAUAAAUGUGCUGCAACGUAUGGGACAUGUAACGCCGGAGGAGCUUGUAGACGCCAUCUUCGGUCAGUCUGUCAUUACAGUUGAUGAUAUGCGAUAUGGUCCUUUUGAAGACAAGUGUACUAACGGAGUUUCAUCUGAAGAGAAACACUGUGCUGUGAACUAUGGUGCAACGCAUAUUUCUGUAUGGUCGAUGUCACGUGUUCUGAAUCCUUCCGUGUCUCCUGUAGUGAAUUCUAUCACACCAUCAAUGAAGUAUAAUGAACCAAAAUGGAUUCGACUAAUAAAUAAGCAUAUUGGUGCUGUGGCAGCUGGCUGCAUUGUUCUGUUGGCGCUGUUUGUUACGGUUCUGGCACUUAUUGUAAAGGCAUCACGCCGUAACGCACGUGACAAUAAUAAUGCUCCCAAGGAACCAACAGACCCCGUAACAUUAAUAUUCACUGACAUCGAGAGCAGUACAGCGCAGUGGGCAGCACACCCUGAGCAAAUGCCUGACCUUGUGGCAACACAUCACCGUUUGAUCCGCUCCCUCAUCACACGGUAUGAGUGCUACGAAGUGAAAACUGUUGGAGACUCUUUUAUGAUCGCAUGUAAAAGUCCAUUCGCCGCCGUCCAACUCGCAUGUGACUUGCAACGUGAUUUUCUAAACCAUGACUGGAAUACCACUGAGCUUGAUGAAUCUUACCGUGAAUUCGAACGGCAGCGUGCGGAAGAUGACAGUGAUUACACGCCACCAACUGCGAGCCUGGACCCUGAGGUUUAUCGGCAACUGUGGAAUGGGUUGCGUGUACGUGUAGGGAUUCAUACUGGAUUGUGUGAUAUUCGUCAUGAUGAAGUAACGAAGGGUUACGACUAUUAUGGACGCACAUCCAACAUGGCAGCACGCACGGAGAGUGUUGGUAACGGUGGUCAGGUGCUGAUGACGCGCUCAACAUACCUGUCACUGAGUGGUGAGGAGCGUGAGCAAAUUGAUGUAACGCCUUUGGGUGAUGUGCCGCUACGUGGUGUGCCGAAGCCUGUGGAAAUGUACCAGUUGAAUGCUGUACCUGGCCGCAACUUUGCUGCAUUACGGCUUGACCGUGAAGCUGAGGAGGAAGAAGAUAAUGGAACUGGUAGUAUCACUAGUGAGUCAGGAUCCCUCGCACAUGGUUUAACUGCCACUGCCCAACAAGUUGCUGGUUGUAUUGACGCUCUGCUUGGCACAUUCCCUGCUGCCCAACGACAGAAGAUGCUUGCAACUUUUUGUGAGCGUUGGCGUGUUAAGAAACCCCCAGGUGUGGAUAGUUGGAAUGAAGCCAGUUGUCGCUCUGUUACUCGUCGGAUUGCUGCGAAGGUGGGUUGUGUUAUGGAUUUUGGAACGAGAAAUACCUCUGGUAGCGUGGCUUCCUUUGAAAGGGGUGGAAGUCUCUUCUCACCUGGAGGAGUUGCUGCUGUAAUGCUUGCCUCAUCCUCAAGCUCUUCCUGCGUUGCGGGACGCUGUGGUACCGUACAAUUGAUUGACCCAGAAAGUGCUAGCGCCGCCAGCUAA